GAUUGACUAAUUCUACAUUUGGCGAAUAGGAAAGCACUUUCGUUAGUGUCUUUUUGGCUGUAGAUUCACUACUAUUAUUACUACUAUUGUUGUUCUUGUCCAAAGCAUCCGUAUCAGUCACUGGUGGUAGUAAUAGCAGCAGUAGUAUUAGUAGCAUUAUUACUUGAUUACAACACCCAGUAUUGUUUCAAACUAGUCGAAAGAGAAAAAGAUGUCUGCAGUCGGUAUAUCAGAAUGGCUGGCUAAAAAGCUGUUACCACCGAAACCAGAUCCUCGACUGGAUGCCUAUCCAUUGAUGGGUUCUUGGACGCCAACGGCACUCAUUUCACUAACCUAUGUCAUUGGUGUAUACGCCUGGCGAGCGGAAUGCUUAAAGCGACAAGAAAAACAAAAGAAGACGAAAGGCGAGUACAACAACUCCAAGAGAAAUAAGGCUGACGAGAAAUGGGAUUUUGUUAAAUAUUUAAUGGUCUUGUAUAACAUAUUGAUGGUGAUCUAUUCCUGUGUAAUUACAUUCGGUACACUAUGGGCUGUAUGGAUUCUGGGCUAUGGACUUGGGUGUGAAGAACAACCUGAUCCUAGAGACGCUAAAUACGAUAUACUUGUCUUUGUUGGAUAUCUAUUCUACUUCUCUAAAUUUGUUGAAAUGUUGGAUACAGUGUUCUUUUUAUGGCGUGGAAAAGUUGAUCAAGUGACAUUUUUGCACGUGUUUCAUCAUGCUACUAUGCCACCAUCAAUUUGGUGGGGAGUGAAAUAUGCACCAGGUGGUAUAGCGUACAUGUUCCCGUUGGCGAAUAGUUUUAUCCAUAUUAUAAUGUAUACGUAUUAUGGAUUAGCAGCUGCUGGAGCAUAUCGUUAUUUAUGGUGGAAAAAUUAUCUCACCUUAGCACAAAUGAUUCAAUUUGUUAUAUUAAUUGUACAUCAAGGUCAAAUAUUUGUCAGUUCAACACCGUGCAAUUAUCCUAAAGUAUUUCCUGCAGCUAUUGUCCUCUAUGCCAGCCUAUUUCUUGUCCUCUUCUCUAAUUUCUAUAUUAAAGCCUAUUGGUAUAAACAAAGAUUGGCUAAAGGUUUACGCGAACAAAAUGGUCAUGCAGGAGCAGCAGGUGUCAAGGAUAAUAAAUCACAUCAUGAGAAUGGUUCUGCGGUACAACAAACCAAUGGUUAUGCAAGUCGGGGAAGUCAUACAAGACAGCGUAAAACGGAACAUUAGUCCAGCUCAGUUCAGUUCAGUUCAGUGUGUUUUUGUUUUGUUGGUUUCGUUCUCGUCGUUUAGCUAACUGAAAACACUGUGUCAAUUUGAUCUGAUCAAAAACACAUUCACACACAUAUACACACACGAACAUACAAUACACAAACAUGCACAAAUCAGAACAGACGAACUCAGAGAUAGUUUAUGAUCACUUUCAAGGUUGUUAAUUUUUCCAUUGGAGUGUAUCUGUGUGUGCGUGCGUGGGCGGACGUGCGUGCGUAGGUGUUCGAUGACUUGAUGAAUUGUGUGGGUGUUGUCAAGGCAACAUCGUUUACACCACAGUUAUUUAUUCUUCUUUUUCUUUUUCUUCCGCUUAUCGCUACAUUUUCUCAAAAUUUUCUCUGUGUUUAUUGCACCUUACAAGUACAUUCAUUCAUUUUCGAUACAUCGUCUCUCUCUUUCUCUCUUUUACCUCUCAGUUUCUCUUUUAUUGUCUUGUCUAUGUGCCCCUGUGCUCAUUUAUAUAUUAUUGCUCAAAUCUCUUUCAUUCUGUUCCCUUCUUUGUUCUAACACUCUUUUCUCUAUUUCUAAAAAUAAUGUAAAAUUAAAGUGAAUUGUGUAUAGAUCAUUAGUAGUAUUUUCAUAUGCAAUAUAAAUUUCAUUUAUAUAUGUCUAUGAAAAUAAAGGAUUUCGCUUGA